GAGGGUAAUCAUGGACUUGAGAAUGCUGCUCCUGAUUAUAGAUCACUCCAACGAGAGAAUGCCGCCUCUAGUUUCUCAAAAGAGAAGACAUUGCCUGGAGGCUUCUUAUGGUGGUUGAGCAAGAAGUGGGUUCGGACAAUUGUUCUUUUUCUGUGUCUAUUGCUCUUUUUUGUUCUAAUCUAUACGGUUUCUAUGUAUAUUUAUUCAUAUUGGUCUCAAGGAACGCCUAGAUACUAUGUGAUGCUCGACUCUGGAAGUACUGGCACUCGAGCUUAUGUAUAUCAAGCAAGUGUUAAUUAUAAGAAAAAUGGAGCGCUUCCCAUUGCCAUUAGAUCAUAUACAGGACAAAAGAUGAAAUUGAAGUCUCAGAGCGGACGAGCUUAUGAUCGAAUGGAAACAGAACCUGGUCUUGAUAAGUUGGUUCGUAAUGUAACAGGUUUGAGGAAAGCUAUUAAACCUCUGCUUCAGUGGGCUGAGAAGCAGAUACCGAAGCGUGCCCAUGAAAGCACCUCUCUUUUCCUUUAUGCGACUGCUGGAGUUAGAAGACUACCCCCGGCAGAUUCGAAAUGGCUUCUGGACAAUGCCUGGUCUAUAUUAAAGAGUUCGCGUUUUCUUUGCCAGAGAGAGUGGGUUAAAACCAUUUCAGGUACAGAAGAGGCUUACUAUGGCUGGAUAGCCCUUAACUAUCA